CACUAUCUGCACAGUUACCAUUUAUGAGCCCGGCAAAUGGAAUAUAAGUAGUGGUUCAGGUGUGAGGUUUUCCUACUUAGGUUCGAUAGACUGCUCUGUCGUUUUAUGCGGUGAUUUAAGCCGAGAACAUGCAUCCAGACUCCAGCACUGAGUUCGACUCAUCGUCCAGCUGUAGCACAGCAUCGCCUGGCGGGGACACCCCUGGGUGCAGCCAGCAUCCUCCUGACUCGCUUUCAUCCUCAGUGGACAGCACCAAGGAUGCUGAGAUUUGUGCAGCAGACUCCUUUGUUCCGACGGUGACUGCUAUCUCAACCUCGCCGGAUCUAAGGUGGAUGGUGCAGCCGACGGUCAUCACAUCUGUCUCUCCGUCAUCUGGACGCGCAAAGCCCAAAACUCGCAGCUCGACCCAGCAGUUGCAGACAGGCGCAAACAAGGCAAAGCCCUCCGACCGGAAAGGGCUGAAAGAGAAGCCUUCCAAAGAGGAGGAGGAAAGGAGGCGGAUCAGGAGGGAGAGGAACAAAAUUGCUGCAGCGAAGUGUCGCAACAGACGGAGGGAGCUGAUAGACACUCUGCAAGCUGAAACGGACAAGCUGGAAGACGAGAAGUCUGCCCUCGAGGGUGAAAUAGCGGACCUGCUGAAGGAGAAGGAGAGGCUGGAGGAAGUCUUGGUCUCCCACAAACCAUCCUGCAAACUCCCUGCAAAUGACGGUGAUGAGCAGAGGGAAGAGGAAGAGGAGGAUGAUGAUGAUAAAGAAGAUGAUGUUAACACCAUGCUGCAGGACCCGCCGGCCUCCCCGCAGCUGCUGUCCAUCUUAGAGGAUGGAAAACCCACAGAGAGCAACGCCGCCGUCGGCGAAGCCUCCAUUGGCCAAGACAUGGACAGUGUCCCUUGUAUCCCUGCUGCAGCCAUUUUGGGGAACUCCGACAUCCUCCUGUGUUCGAGUGCAGAAGAGGAGGAUCUGGAGGACCUAAAAGGAGAUGACCUGGAUGACUUGGUGCCCAGCUUACAGAUGGCCGUGACCCCAGAGAUGGCUGCAUCGGUCCCCGACAUAGACCUGAGCGGCCCCUUCUGCCUCUCCGACUGGGAAACCCUUUACAAAUCCGUGGCAAACGACCUGGAGUCUUUGAGCACACCGGUCAUGUCUUCCAGCCCCAAUUGUAGCAAUUACCGCACGGCGUUUUCCUUUAAUUACUCUGAGAUUGAUUCCUUGGCCGAGGGCCUUGAGAGCCUCAAAGGCAGCCUCGGUGCGUCGGAGUUAAUGAAAGAUAAUCUUAACUCUCCAACACUCCUGGCCUUGUGAAUGCAGUUAUGCAAACGGUACUGUUAUUGUAUUCUAACCAGUCAGCAAGCUAUGAUCUCUCUCUCUCUCUCUUAAAAACCAAGUUUAUUGUGAGUUUGGAUGUUGCAUAAAUCUUAACAUCAACGGUUGUGAACACAAUGUUUUGUGUGACUGUAACAGGGUUCGACUUCUUCCAUAUCUGUUGGUACGAUUCUCUGAAGUGAGACUUUGUCCCGGCAACAAAAAUGCAUGCAAAAUACAUUUCAUCCAUACUCCCAAGACGAGGUGGUAUCUGUGUUUUUAAAUGUGAUGUGAAGUUAGAUCAUGCUCAAUAGCCUAAAGUAUGCGUACUACUGUUGACAAAGUUGUGUUGUAACAAGUGAAAAUAGCAGGGUUACUAAAGUGUAGUGUAUAGGUGUUACAUCUUGCUGUAAGGUGUCCCCUAACAGUUCCUUUCAAGUUUUUCCAUACCAAGAAAAAAAUAUCAUGUCAUGUAUUUUAUCAAGAUGUAUUUUAUGACAUAGUUUAUUUUUUUACUUAUCAAAAAGGAUCAGAUGCAAAAAUUGUAUAACACUGGAAAUAAAAUAAGCCAAACCAUAA